AUGGAAAUCAUCAGAGGUGGUUUGGAUGACAUUUCUCGGCCCGCAUCGAGUGAGCAGACAGGCAGCCGAGUGUCGAGCGUGUCUCUGCCUCACGGUGACAGAAUUGGUCCAACAACUCCACGAAACAACUCUCUUGUUGUUUUGACCAAAGAUGCUGCUGAUAUUCGGAUCAAGAGCAGCUCCGAUGAAACUGGCAUUAACUCAUCAGCCAAAGGUCCUGACAAUGGUCAGUGUCACGCUGAAGUUACUGAUGACGAAAGGGAAGAUUACAAACUAAAGAGAGCCAUUGAGGAAAUGAGAAGACUUGAUGAAAUACUGUCUGCAAAAAUCUGCAUCGAAAGAGAAGCGAAGCGUCAAAGGAAAGAACUUCAAGCAAAACUCUGGCAAGAGCUCCUGCAGAAUAAGCCUGAGGGUCACUCUGAAUGUGCCAGAGAAGCCAUGAACACAAGGUUGUUUUUGGCUCUGGAGGCACCCACUGUGACAGAGGAGGAGGAAGAUGACUUUGUGCCUGUGUUUGAAACUCAAGUUCUUGACCUUGAGCCCAACAGAGACAGCCAGUACCUGGAGCAAGGUGAAAAGAGAGCAGACAGCUUGACAGAAUCAUUUGAACUGGGCCACGAGGAGACUGGUGAGGGGCAGUUUGAAGGCAGCCACUGUGGAGCUUCCAAAGGCAAGAAAAAACAGAAGGACUUUGUCAAGAGAAACAUUGAGCUAGUAAGUGGUGUGGGGGAACACGUGCUUUUGACUCAGGCAGAGAAAGAGCGCCUGGCUGAGCUCCUCCGAGAAGUAGACGGAGAGGAAGAGGACAGUGCCAGAGGCGCAGACAGCGAGGAGGACAUGUGGACUGUGUCAGUCCUGACAGGCCAGGGUUACACCCCAGAGCCAUCUGACCUGGAGCAGCUGACUGACAUUGACUCCAAAAUCCGCCUUCUCCUUCCUGUUGAAGAAUUUCUGUCAGUGCAAAGCUCAUACACCAACCUGAGCGUGUCCCAGGGCAGUGGCUUGGAGAAUGGCUGGAAGUGCGAUGGGGACCUACAGCCAGGAGAGACGGUCCUGCAGGAUAUAAAGGAGAGGAGAGGGCAGGAGAGGCGGCUCCGAGAGAUCCAACAGCAGCUGGAGAUCCUGGGCCGGGGCCAGGAGAUGACUGAUGAGUCACCAGACCUCACUGAGGAGCAGUUACUUAGUUUGCUCGAGGAAUGUGAGCUGACAGAAGGCGGCGCCCAGGAUCUUGAGACGAAUGCCAACCCCAUGCGACCCCCAAAAAGACACAGAUGGGCCUGA